CAAUGCCGACGCGCCUCCACUACCUCCUGCUCCCCCUCCUCGCCGCCGCCGCUGCCGUGCCGGCGGCGGCGGACGCGGACGCGGACGCGCUGCUGGCGGCGAAGGCGGUGCUCGCGGACCCGGCCGGCGCGCUCGCGUCCUGGACGGCGAACGCCACCGCGGUCGCCGCCCCGUGCGCGUGGGCCGGCGUGACGUGCAACGCGCGCUCGGCGGUCAUCGGGCUCGACCUCUCCGGCCGCAACCUCUCGGGCCCCGUCCCGGCGUCGCUCUCCCGCCUGGCGCACCUCGCGCGGCUCGACCUCGCCGCGAACGCGCUCUCGGGCCCCAUCCCGGCGCCGCUGGCCCGGCUCCGGUCCCUUACCCACCUCAACCUCUCCAACAACGUGCUCAACGGCACCUUCCCGCCGCCGCUGGCGCGCCUGCGCGCGCUCCGGGUGCUCGACCUCUACAACAACAACCUCACCGGCCCGCUCCCGCUCGAGGUCGCGGCGCUGCCGCUGCUGCGCCACCUCCACCUCGGCGGCAACUUCUUCUCCGGCGAGAUCCCGCCCGAGUACGGCCGCUGGGGCAGGCUGCAGUACCUCGCCGUCUCCGGGAACGAGCUGUCCGGGAAGAUCCCGCCGGAGCUCGGCAACCUCACCAGCCUCAAGGAGCUCUACAUUGGCUACUUCAACAGCUACUCCGGGGGGAUACCGCCGGAGCUCGGCAACAUGACGGAGCUCGUCCGCCUGGACGCGGCGAACUGCGGGCUCUCCGGGGAGAUUCCGCCGGAGCUCGGGAACCUCGCGAACCUCGACACGCUGUUCUUGCAGGUGAACGGGCUGGCCGGCGGCAUCCCGCCGGAGCUCGGCCGGCUCAAGAGCCUCAGCUCGCUCGACCUGUCCAACAACGCGCUCACCGGCGAGAUUCCGGCCACCUUCGCGGCGCUCAAGAACCUCACUCUGCUCAACCUCUUCCGGAACAAGCUCAGGGGGAGCAUCCCCGAGCUCGUCGGCGACCUACCCAGCCUCGAGGUGCUGCAGCUCUGGGAGAACAACUUCACCGGCGGCAUCCCGCGCCGCCUCGGCCGCAAUGGCCGGCUCCAGCUCGUCGACCUCUCGUCCAACAAGCUCACCGGCACCCUCCCGCCGGACCUCUGCGCCGGAGGCAAGCUGGAGACGCUCAUCGCGCUCGGCAACUUUCUCUUCGGCUCAAUCCCGGAAUCGCUGGGGAAAUGCGAGGCGCUCGCCCGCAUCCGCCUCGGCGAGAACUACCUCAACGGCUCCAUCCCCAAAGGACUCUUCGAGCUCCCGAAUCUGUCGCAGGUCGAGCUGCAGGACAACCUCCUGUCCGGUGGCUUCCCGGCGGUGGCGGGCACCGGCGCGUCCAAUCUUGGAGCCAUCACUCUCUCCAAUAACCAGCUCACCGGCGCGCUGCCGGCGUCCAUUGGGAAUUUCUCUGGUUUGCAAAAAUUGCUUCUUGACCAGAACGCGUUCACCGGCGCCAUACCGCCGGAGAUUGGGCGCCUGCAGCAGCUGUCCAAGGCUGACCUGAGCGGCAACGCGCUUGACGGCGGCGUGCCGCCGGAGAUUGGGAAAUGCCGGCUGCUCACCUACCUGGACCUCAGCCGGAACAACCUGUCUGGGGAGAUACCGCCGGCCAUCUCCGGGAUGCGGAUACUCAACUACCUGAACCUGUCCCGGAACCACCUCGAUGGAGAGAUACCGGCAACCAUUGCUGCGAUGCAGAGCCUCACGGCAGUGGACUUCUCGUACAACAGCCUGUCUGGGCUCGUGCCGGCCACCGGGCAGUUCAGUUACUUCAAUGCCACCUCCUUCGUCGGCAACCCGGGCUUGUGCGGGCCGUACCUUGGACCAUGCCAUUCCGGUGGUGCUGGCACGGACCAUGGCGCACACACCCAUGGUGGCAUGUCCAAUACCUUCAAGUUGCUCAUCGUCCUCGGCUUGCUGGGCUGCUCCAUUGCGUUUGCUGCCAUGGCAAUCUGGAAGGCCCGGUCACUGAAGAAGGCCAGUGAGGCGCGGGCAUGGCGGCUCACUGCGUUCCAGCGUCUCGACUUCACCUGCGACGAUGUGCUUGAUAGUUUGAAGGAGGAGAAUAUCAUCGGCAAAGGCGGAGCUGGGAUUGUGUACAAGGGGACAAUGCCAGAUGGCGAGCAUGUUGCAGUGAAGCGGCUCUCGGCAAUGAGCCGCGGAUCCUCACAUGACCAUGGGUUCUCUGCAGAGAUACAGACACUUGGGAGGAUCCGGCACCGGUACAUCGUGAGAUUGCUUGGCUUCUGCUCGAACAAUGAGACGAAUCUCCUGGUGUAUGAGUACAUGCCCAAUGGGAGCCUGGGGGAGCUACUCCAUGGCAAGAAAGGUGGCCACCUCCACUGGGACACUCGGUAUAAGAUUGCUGUGGAGGCUGCCAAGGGUCUCAGCUACCUACACCAUGAUUGCUCGCCACCGAUCCUACAUCGUGAUGUGAAAUCGAACAACAUUCUGCUUGACUCCGAUUUUGAAGCGCAUGUCGCUGAUUUUGGGCUGGCCAAGUUCUUGCAGGAUUCAGGCACAUCACAAUGUAUGUCUGCCAUUGCUGGAUCCUAUGGCUAUAUUGCUCCAGAGUAUGCUUAUACCCUCAAGGUCGAUGAGAAGAGCGAUGUCUACAGCUUUGGCGUUGUGCUUCUUGAGUUGGUAACUGGAAAGAAGCCGGUAGGGGAGUUUGGUGACGGUGUGGACAUAGUCCAGUGGGUCAAGACGAUGACGGACUCGAACAAGGAGCAGGUGAUCAAGAUUAUGGACCCGAGGCUUUCAACUGUGCCAGUGCAUGAGGUCAUGCAUGUCUUCUAUGUCGCGCUGCUUUGUGUCGAGGAGCAGAGCGUGCAGCGGCCUACGAUGCGGGAGGUGGUGCAGAUGCUCAGUGAGCUUCCCAAGCCGACUAUGAGGAAGGGAGAAGGAGAUGAGCUUCCUAGUGGCGAUGAUGGUGCCGCGCCUGAUCCUCCAGUGUCGUCUGGAUCUGUUGAAGCACUGAAUGAUGAAGCCAAAGAGCAGCAGCAGCAACAACCGAGCUUGCAAUCGUCCCCAACUCGAGAUCUCAUCAGUAUCUGAAAGCAGUCAAGCUUAAUUGUUACCAUUCCUUCUUUGGUUGAAAGUUUGGAUAUUUCAGGUUUAGGGUGUGGUAUUUAGGUUUCUGCACUUCGGGUGUGGAAAUAGGUGUCAAAUUUAGCUAUCUGGUAUUCAGGCAUCGUCAAUUAGGUGUGGAAUCUUUAGGGUCUGAAUUGUGGUGUGGUGUGUGCCUUAAUUAGGGCAUUGUUCUGUAUAUAUCAAGCUUCCUAAUGUCCAUUCUCCUGUUAGAAUUCAGGAGCUUAGUAGGGGGUUAGAAGCCUAGGAUUAUGGAGCAUUCAAGUUUGUUUUGUACAAUUGUACUUGUGUUAAUGUAAGCACCUUAGCAUUCAUGUGUUGUACUGCACUCUGCCCUCAAGUCUCCAGGCAAGAAGAAAGGUGCUUUGGAUGUUGUCAGUUAA